AUUUGCAGAAGUCCUAAUCUUUGCAAAUACAACCCCGACGGCCUUCUAUGCAUUGAGGCCCAAAGUACCGGCUGCCUUACAAGUACACAGCUUCAGACGCUGAAGAGUAUUUACUCACCUGUCCUGGACGCGGUUGGAAGCCUGGUGUAUCCCAAGAUGCAGUUAGGAUCCGAGUUUACCGGAGCGGUGGACAGUUACUUUUCCGGAGCAGUCUCACCUGUGUCAGACUGGUGGCGGUAUGCCAUUUUCAAUGACUCCAAUUGGAAUGCCAUGACUUUACGACCCGAAAACUCCACCAUCGCUUCCGGCCUCAACCACUUCAAUAUCGACACCUGGGAAGGUAAUCUAUCGGGUUUCCAGAACCGCGGCGGGAAGCUUCGCCAUUGGCAUGAUUUAGCCGAUGGUGUUCUAUCGAGCGAGAGUUCUCCUCGAUACUACGAACAUGUGUCACAAACUAUGGGCAUGGAUUCAGAGGCCCUUGACGUAUUUUACCGCUUUUUCCGUAUCUCUGGCAUGUCUCAUUGCGGUAGCGGCAAUGGGGCAACAUUUAUUGGCCACCAGUCUGCAAGCACUGCCAGUCUGGCACCGGAGGAAAAGGUGCUCAUGGCGAUGGUGCGAUGGGUUGAAGGCGGAGUGGCCCCUGACACCAUCAUGGGUACCAGGUAUAUCAAUGGCACCAGUGACAAUGGUGUCGAGUUCAGAAGGAGGCAUUGCAGGUGGCCUUACCACAAUGUGUACCAAGGCUCGGGCUAUGACAAAGAUCCUGACACUUGGAAGUGUGUGCUGUAA